AUGGAGGCUCCAAAACAGACAAAGGGGGAGGACACUGAUCGUCAACUUGUUGCUGCAAAAAUGCCUGGAAGCAAGAAAACGACCAAAGAACUUUGGGAAUCUCUUAAAUUAAAGUACAAAACUGAAGAUGCCGAUGCAAAGAAAUUUGUUAUCGAACGUUUUUUGGAUUUUAAAAUGUUAGAUUCCAAAACGGUGGUUGGCCAAGUCCAAGAUAAUCAUUUGAUCAUACAUGACAUCAUUUCCGAAGGAAUGAUUCUGAGUGAAUCAUUUCAAGUUGCUGCUAUUAUUGAAAAACUUUCGCCAGCAUGGAAAGACUUCAAAAUUUACCUUAAACACAAAUGCAAGGAAAAGAAGUUGGAAGAAUUUAUCAUGCGACUGAGGAUUGAAGAGGACAACCGGAAAUCUGAGAAGAAGUCUGGGAACCAAGUCAUUCAGGCUAAGGCAAAUGUUAUGGAACAAGGACAAAGUUCGAGGUUCAACAACAAAAAGAGAAAGCAUGAUGGCAAAGGGUCCAAGCAAGGCUUAAAAGGCAUCAAACUUUCUGCAGUAGUCUAUGAGGCUAACUUGGUGGGCAACCCUAAAGAAUGGUGGGUGGAUACUGGAGCAACCCGCCACAUUUGUGCCGAUAGGCAAAUGUUCACAACCUACAAAGUGGUGGAGAAUGGCGACCAAUUGUUCAUGGGAAACUCCUGCACAUCAACUAUAGAAGGACAAGGGAAGAUAGUGCUAAAGAUGACCUCGGGUAAGGAAGGAACUCUCAACAAUGUACUCCAUGUUCCGGAAAUUUGUAAAAAUUUAAUUUCUGAGUCAUUGUUGAUUAAGAACGGGUUUAGGCUAGUAUUUGAAUAUGAAAAAGUUGUUCUUACUAAGGCUGGAAUAUUAGAACAUAUAAAUUAUGGCUUUUUCCAUAGACUUGUUAAUCUAGAAUGUUUAUCUAAAUUUAAUCUUGAUCUUAAUCAUAAAUGUGAAAUGGAUGUUAAGACUGCAUUUCUAAAUGGAGAUUUAAAUGAAGAAAUCUACAUGGAACAACUCGAAAGAUUCAAAGUUCCUAGCCAAGAGAAGAAGAAUACCAACAAAGGUUAUGUCAUCAUUUGUCUCUAUGUAGAUGAUACGCUCAUCAUUGGUAGCAAUAUCAAAAUGAUAAAGACUACCAAGAAAUUGUUAAAAAAAAGGUUUGACAUGAAGGAUAUGGGAGUAGCAGAGGUCAUACUUGGAAUGAAAAUUUCUAAAACAUUUGAUGGGUAUGCCUUAUCUCAGUCACACUCUGUUGAGAAAAUUCUGGGAAAAUUUGGGAAGCAUGACAACCGUCCUGCUAAGACUCCUAUAGAUGCUAAUGCACAUUUAUUAAAUAAUACAGGAGAAAGCAUAUCACAGGUAGAAUACUCCCAAAUCAUUGGAAGCUUGAUGUACUUAAUGAAUUGCACACGGCUUCACAGCCUUUGCAGUCAGCAAAUUAAGUAG